UUAGUAUUCUAAUUAGGGAAACAUCAACUGUCUUUUAGUUUUUUUUAUUCAUAAAUUGCUAUAGGUUUAUAGUGGUUCAUAAAUUUUUUAUUCUUUUAUCCAUACCAAAAUUUUUAAGUAAAUAGAUAAAACAAAUAAAGCAGUAUUAUUGUUGGUUAAGACUUAAGAGAUGGCAAUGCUCGAGCACUGUUUGAUUGGAAUACUUUAAUGUGUGAACUUGCAUCUUGUUUGUGCAUCUGUAGGAGAAGAACAAGAUCUUAAUAUUUAUUACAAAUAGAUAGAUAGACAGUUAGUUAUUUAAGGUAGUUGUAAGUUAGUUAGUUAUACUUUCAGUUACUAGUUCUAUUCUGUUAUAACAUAUUAUACUCUAGAUGAGAUCAAAGUAUAUGUAAUAUGUUCUGGAAAUUAAGCUGAUCAAUAUAAAUUUCUCAUUUACUAAUUUGAUAUUUAUUAGUCAGUUUAGUUAGAGGACAUGUUAGUUGGAGGAAUUUGUAUUGAAGAGAUUGAUUUGAACUUUCUGUUCAUCAGUUGAACCAAUCUGGGUUGCGCACUCCUCAGUGUACACUUCAAGGCACCCUCACGAAACCACAAGAUCUGAGUGUAACCAAACGCCUUGUUUCAUUGUGGGGGAAGAGGUUCGGAGAAGAAGUGGAUCAAGAUCUUAAUAUUUACCUGCAAGUGACGUAGACAGGUUUUUAAGGAUGCCUAGGAAAUCAAGGUACAAUAUUAUACGGGAACCCCCGAAAGAUGCCGGAACUAAUGACGGUACUGAGGAGACAACGGUUGGGACCACGACUAGAGGAGCUCAGACAUCACGGGAGGAAACACGUGAUAGGGUUCCUCCGAUAUCAUCCUCAGCUAAUAGAGCUCCGGCAACCCGUAUGAAUGAACCGUUUCGUGCACCGUGCAUCGACCAUAGGAAUGCACAAUCGAGUACUGCUGAUGACCCUCAAACUCCAACAGACAACACAGAGACUCGGCAUCGCGCGGAAGUGGAUGAUCAUGAAUUAGCGGAUGAGGAUUACGACCUAGAGGCGGAUGAAGUUCCGUCGUUUGAUGACCACAUCGACGACUUGUUUGCUGCCCAAGAAGUCGAAGGUCAGCAUAACAACAAGAAAGCCAAAGAUAAAGAUUUAUGGGAAGUUACUGUUAUCGAGGACGGUGUCAGAAAAGUUUCUAAGUUGAGUGUGAAGGAGGCUAUAGCCCUCCCUUCUAAUACGAAGAUAGUACUCCCAUUUAACAGUCAGCUGCAACUGAUUGGUCAGGCGGCAGGAUUACUAAGUGGUUUCAUAGGGAAUUUGGGUGCGGAUUAUUCCCAGUUCCCCAUAUACUUAGAAAGUUGGAAGCUGGUGAGCAAAGCAAAGAGGGAUCAUGUGUACAACAUGCUUAAGGUAGAACUUUAA